AACUAAGUUAAUGUAUAUCAACACAUUCACAUAAUCACAAGAACUCAAUUGAUUCAAUAAUCAUUCAUGGGUUCUGAGAAUGAGCACAAAGCAAGUGAACUCUUUGAAGUUCAAGCUCACUUGUACAAUCAGUUAUUUAGUUUCUUGAGACCCGUGUCGAUCAAGUGGGCUGUUGAACUUGGCAUACCAGAUAUAAUUCAAAAUCAUGGCAAACCUAUUACUCUUCCCGAGCUUGUCUCGGCUCUUCGAAUUCCAGAAGCAAAAGCCGGUUGUGUUCACAGUGUCAUGCGUUUAUUGGCGCACAAUAAAAUCUUCGCAAUUGUGAAGAUAGACGACAACAAAGAAGCAUAUGCUCUUUCUCCAACAUCAAAGCUUCUUGUGAAAGGAACUGAUCAUUGUUUAUCUUCAAUGGUUAAGUUGCUAACAAACCCAACUCGCGUCGAAAAACAUUACCAAUUGAGCACAUGGACAUCAAUGGAGGACCUCACAAUCUUUGAGACUCCAUUAUGGGAUUUAAUUUUACAAAAUCCGACUCAUUCCAAGUUAUUCAAUGAUGCUAUGGAAAGUGAUUCUAAUAUGGUGAGGUUUGCAAUGAGUGAUUGCAAAUCAGUUUUUGAGGGCUUAACUUCGUUGGUUGAUGUUGGAGGUGGAACCGGAAACACUGUUAAAAUUAUUUGUGAGGCGUUUCCUACGUUAAAAUGUAUAGUGUUCGACCUUCCAAACGUGGUAGAAGGAUUAACGGGAAAUAACUAUCUGAGUUUUGUAGGCGGAAACAUGUUUGAAUCUAUCCCUCAAGCUGAUGCAAUUUUACUCAAGUGGAUUUUGCAUAACUGGAAUGAUGAUGACUGUGUCAAGAUACUUAGAAAUUGUAAAGAAGCUGUAUCAAGGAAAAACAAAGAAGGAAAAGUGAUCAUAAUAGAUAUUGUGAUAAAUGAAGAGCAAGAUGAGCAUGAAAUGACAGAACUCAAACUCUUCUUUGACAUAAGUAUGAUGGCUAAUUUCGGUUCAACAGAAAGAGAUGAAAAAGCAUGGGAGAAAAUCAUCACUGAAGCAGGAUUUACAUCUUACAAAAUAUUUCAUAUAUUUGGUUUCAAAUCACUUAUUGAACUUUGUGUUUAAUUAAGACUUAAUAGCAGUUUUCGCCCCCUAACUUUCACGAAGUUACGAUUUUAGCCCCAUAAGAAAAAAAAACUACAAAACCGUCCCCAAAGUUUUGCAACUGUAGCAGUUUUGGCCCUCCAACGCC